GCAAUAAUUUCUAUUUACAUCGUGUGCAUGAGAUUUGUACAUUGACACGUCACUCAUUAGUGACAGUUCUUUAACAUGCUCGAAGAUACACCCUCCUGAAUUUUGAGGGAUUUUGUAUACUAUUGUUCUCUGAGCAGAUUUUAUGGUACAUGUGCGUCGACGUGUCUUCCACAUGGAUAUAAUUACACGCUGUUUUGCUUCAAACUUCAAGUUCAACUCCAGUGUUGAUUGACUGAGCGUGUAUAAAUUAUGCUCGGAGCUUGUCUGGGACUUCGCUGCAUUGGACUCUAAAAAACUGCCGUAUCAUGAUUUCGUCAUAUUUGGUCGGUAAUUCAAGCAGAUUGACUCCUUUUCCUCGGCCCAGACAAGUAUAAGGGAACAUGCAUCGACAGCUGUCCAUGCGAACAGUCUACUAGAUACUCGUUCUAUUAUGGCAGGUAGACGCCCCACUCCGUGCAGUAUAGAUGUACUAGAUGUACUAGAUGAUGACAGCGGAAGCACCAUACUCAGUGAUACUGAAUCAGUAUCAUCCGUUUCAAGCAGUACCACAGGCCGACGUAAAAGGACUAGAAAGAUAGACAACAGGACAAAAAUGCUUACCCACGAGAACCUUUUCGGUCCAGAACUUACGGUACGAGAACUGAAUUAUCUUCGACAAAAGGAAAGCGACCUGGCGAUUGCACUGAGAGCUCGGAAACCACUGUUGGAAGCUCUGCUCCUUAAGGAUGACUUGGGGGAUCAUAUGAUGGCAAGUCUCCUGGAUGUUCUUCUCUCAGUCUCAAAGAUAGGAGGUGAUGAUGCAAAGGAGGUAUAUCGAUUCUUAGCAAACAGGCAGUUCAUCCAAGUCCAUCUACUUCUGCUUGUCAUGAAGUGCAGGAUAAACACUGAUUUGUGCUGUAGUGGGAAUAUUCUCCCGAAAGCCAUAUCGGUUUUGAUGGCAUUUUACCGGUUUAGAUGUGGAAAUACUGAAAGCUUUCAGAUGGUUGCAGCGGUGAUACAUGAUACAAUUGAGUAUGGUCUGGACAUUCCUGAGAGAAAAAAUCAUGCAAAAGGGCUAACGGAUGUCAGGAUGAUACUCAACAACGAGGAAAGUGGUAUAGAAGAAUCCGCCGAAGACAUAUGCAACAUCCCCAUAUUUCCUACAGCAGGAGAAGUAGCUGAUCCAGAUACUGCAGUACUUCGUGAUACAACCGCUGAGAUGGGUCCUUCUGUAAAAAACUAUCUGGAAUGCCACUACCGACUUUUGAGGGAAGACAUCGUACAACCCCUUCGUGCAGUGAUUUCUAACUAUCACCACGUAAAGAGAGAAAUGGGGCUAGAUGCGGCGAAGAGGAAAUGCCAUAUCAUUGAUAAUGUCAAAUUGCAUGAGAUCAUCACAACACAUACAUCCAAAGGUGUGACGUUUCGUGUUCAGUUUGACACAUCUUCCCUAGAGUAUGUGUCAUGGGAGACAACAAAGAUCCUGUCCUUUGGAACUAUGGUUUGCCUGACCAACAACCACUUUCAUGAUAUCAUUUUCGCCACAAUUGCCAAGCGGGACCCCCAGUGGCUGAAGAAGGGAUUUGUAGAUCUCCGACUCCUUAGGUUAGAAGAUACAAGAUUGCUGAUGUCAGGUACUCACUUCUACAUGCUCGACUCUCGGAAGUAUGUUGAAGAAUCAUACGAGGUAUUGGAUGCCAUGCGGCAAAUCGACACCAAUAUCCUUCCUCUGGUACUGCAUGUUGUCUACCAAGUGGCGGAAAAUAAACAUUUUCAAUGA